AGGUCCCAAACCUUACACAUUAGUCUUCCAACCCCAGGCUUUUGUUUCUUCUGUAUCAAGGAAACGUGAUAUUGAAAGAUUUUUUGACGACUGAGAGAUGGGCAGUUGCAGGUUGCAUUCGUGUUUUGCUAGGAAAAGUAGGGUGACGGAGGCCGGGCCAGUGACGGAGGUGAAGGAGAUGUUCAACAAAUACACGGAAGGUGGGACCCACAUGACGGUGGAGCAGCUGCGGCGGUUCUUGGCAGAAGUUCAGGGUCAUGUUGGCACGUCAAUGGCGGAGGCACAGCAAAUAGUGGAGCAGAUUUUGCAGAGACGGUACCACCUUUCGAAAUUCGCCAGGCGCAGUCUAACUCUUGAUGAUUUUCAACAUUACUUGUUCUCCACAGAUUACAACUCUUUUAUUCUGAAUCAGGUUUGCCAAGACAUGAGAGCUCCAUUGUCUCACUAUUUCAUAUUCACUGGCCAUAAUUCAUAUUUGACUGGAAACCAAUUGAGUAGCGAUUGCAGCGAUGUCCCAAUUAUUAAGGCACUGAAGAGAGGAGUAAGAGCUAUUGAGCUUGAUUUAUGGCCAAAUUCUGCUAAAGAUAAUGUGCAUGUUCUUCAUGGAAGGACUUUGACAGCUCCCAUAGAACUAAUCAAAUGCUUGAGAUCGAUUAAAGAGCAUGCCUUUUCUGCAUCACCCUUCCCUGUAAUUAUUACUCUUGAAGACCAUUUGACACCUGAUCUUCAAGCUAAAGUGGCUCAGAUGAUCACUGAAACAUUUGGUGAAAUGCUAUUUUACCCUGAAACCAAAUGUUUAAAAGAGUUUCCUUCACCGGAAGAACUGAAAUAUCGCAUUAUCAUAUCAACAAAACCUCCAAAAGAGUACCUUGAAACUAGAAGUACCACUAGCAAAAGAUACAACCCAGUGAACGAAAAUAAUUCUAAUGAAGAUACAUGGGGGAAGGACUCAUCAGACAUUUCAGUUGAUCAAGCAGAUGAUGAAAAGAGUAGUGAUUAUGAUACAAGUGAACAAAAUCAGUAUGAUGAAGAUGAUGAAGAAUCACGCCCAUUAUAUGGAACACUAGCAUACAAGCGUUUAAUCGGCAUUCAUUCAGGAAAACCAAAGGGUCGUCAGUUGAAGGACGAACUAAGACUUGAAGUUGGAAAAGUUAGACGUCUUAGUUUGAGUGAAAAAAAAUUCAGAAAGGCCACUACAUCUUUUGGAACAGAUAUUGUCAGAUUCACCCAGAAAAAUGUAUUGAGGAUAUACCCCAAACAAACUCGAGUUAACUCCUCUAAUUACAAGCCACUAAUUGCAUGGAUGCAUGGAGCUCAAAUGGUUGCAUUUAACAUGCAGGGAUAUGGUAAAUCUCUUUGGCUGAUGCAUGGGAUGUUCAGAGCCAAUGCGGGGUGUGGGUAUGUGAAAAAGCCUGAUUUCUUGAUGAAAUAUGGUACAAAUGGCAAAGUUUUUGAUCCCAAAGAAAAAUUGCCAGUGAAGAAAAUCUUGAAGGUAAAAGUGUAUAUGGGAGAUGGAUGGCAUUUGGAUUUUAAACCAACGCAGUGUACUGUUUGGUCUCCACCUCACUUCUACACCAGGGUUGGCAUAGCUGGUGUACCAGCGGAUAAGACAAUGAAGAAGACAAAGAAAAAACUGAACAGUUGGAGCCCAGUUUGGGAAGAGGAAUUUACAUUCGCAUUGACAGUUCCAGAACUGGCAUUGCUUAGAGUUGAAGUUUAUGAAUACAACAUGUCUGAGAAAGAUGAUUUUGCAGGCCAAACUUGCUUGCCUGUGUUUCAAUUGAGGCCAGGCAUUCGUGCAGUCCCCCUUUUCAACCGCAAGGGAGAGAGUUUCAGCUCAGUAAAACUUCUCAUGCGCUUCGAGUUUGUCUAGUUAUACACACUAAUUCUCCGAUGUUAGUGUAAUUAUUUUUUGUGCUGAGCUUUUGCCGUUUUGGGUGUUAGUUGUUGUAUAUUUUGUAAGAGAAGAGGAGUUAGAUCUACAUAAUUCAGAGAGAAGGAAAAAUGAAAAUGCGCUAAACAAAAUGAUAAAUGUGAAUCUAUGCAUUGUUUUUGAAGACAAAAGAAAUGCGAUGGUUGUCACUAGGGAAAGAGAUGGUUCCAUGAUUGAUUUGAGAAUAUAAAGAGUAGAGAAUACAUAUGGACUUGGCUAGGAGCCAGAUUCUUCUAAAGAAGAAUGCAAGUGAUUUGUGUAAUGGAUAAUAAAUGUGAAACCUCGAUGAGACUAACCCAUUGAAUUGGUUUAAUCGAUAUUUGAAGCCCAAACUUCACAAUUUUUUAA